GGAUAAUUGUGUUUAUUAAUCAUGGAAUAGAAAAGAAAAGGAAUGAAAAAUCUGAAAAUAAUCCUCAAAAAAGUCCUAAACAACCACCGAAUAAUGAUAAUCCUAAACCUAGCAACCCACCAAUCGAUACCAAAAAUUGGUGGUUAACGGAUGAGGAAAUCAAACACACUUACCAAGAAAUUAGAAAAGGAAUCACUAAUUCACCGGAAAUUCAAUUAGUUAGUCCUAGCGUUGCCCGAGUUAUCCAAGAAGGCGGCGAAAUUAGCCAGGAAUUAAAAAAGGCUAAAUUAAUUUUCUUUCCUAUCAAUAAUUCCGAACAGCACGAAACUGCCGGAGCAGGAAGUCAUUGGACUUUGCUGGUUUUUGCGGGAGGCGA